UUUUCCCCAGUGCCAUGUGUUCGAGACUUUUCCCUACUCUUCCUUCGGAUCUUCUGUCAUUCACAGAUGUGGCCAUUGAUUUUUCUGCAGAUGAAUGUGAAUGUCUGGAGCCUGCUCAGUGGAAUUUGUAUAAGGAAGUGAUGCUGGAGAAUUACAGCAACCUUGUGUUCCUGGGUCUUGCUUUUUCUAAGCCAUACCUGGUCACAUUUCUGGAGCAAAGUUCAGAUCCAUGGAACGUGAAGAGAAAAGCAUCAGCGGCCAUCCAUCUAGGAUUGAAACCCCAUAAAUGUAAAGAGUGUGGGAAAGCCUUUGAUAGAAACUCAGUCCUUAUUCAACAUCAAAGAAUUCAUACUGGAGAAAGACCCUACAAAUGUGAUGAAUGUGGCAAAUCUUUUAACUAUUCUUCCAGCCUUAAACAGCACCAAAGGAUUCAUACUGGGGAGAAACCCUACAGAUGUGAUGUGUGUGGCAAAGCUUUUAACUGUUCUUCAUAUCUGGGUAAGCAUCAAAGAAUCCAUACUGGAGAGAAACGCUACAGAUGUGAAGAAUGUGGCAAAGCUUUUACUAAUUGUUCAGGGCUUAUUGUUCACCGAAGAGUUCAUACUGGAGAGAAACCCUACAAAUGUGAAGAGUGUGGUAAGGCCUUUAGUGUUCGUACAACGCUCUCCAAACACCAGAGAAUUCAUACUGGAGAGAAACCUUACAAAUGUGAUGAAUGUGGAAAGACUUUCAAUGUACACUCCACACUUUCUAAACACCAGAGAAUUCACACUGGAGAGAAACCCUACAAAUGUGAAGAAUGUGGCAUGGCCUUUAAUGUUCGCUGCAUUCUUUCUAAGCACCAGCGAACCCAUACUGGAGAAAAACCCUACAAAUGUAAAGAAUGUGGCAAAGCCUUUAACUGUUCUUCCAGCCUUCACCAACACCAACAAAUUCAUAGGGGAGAGAAACUCUAUAAAUGUGAUGACUGUGGGCAGGCCUUUAGCUGUUCCUCAUAUCUGUAUAAGCAUCGUCGAAUCCAUACUGGCAUGAAACCCUACAAAUGCAAAGAAUGUGGCAAGGCCUUUUACUGUUCUGUAAACCUUAUUUACCACCAGAGAGUUCAUACUGGAGAGAAACCAUAUAAAUGUAAUGAGUGUGGGAAAGCCUUUAGCAUUUGCUCAACGUUUAUGAAACACCAGCGAAUACAUAGUGGAGAAAAGCCCUACAAAUGCAAAGAAUGUGAGAAAGCCUUUAAUAAUUGUUAUAAUCUAAUUCAACACCAAAGAAUUCAUACUGGAGAGAAACCCUACAAAUGUAAAGACUGUGGCAAAGCCUUUAAUUAUACUUCAAGUCUUGCUCAACACGAAAGAAUUCACACUGGAGAAAAACCUUACAAAUGUGAAGAAUGUGGCAAGGCUUUCAAUUCUUCUUCAAAUCUUAAACACCAUUGGAGACUCCAUACUGGUGAGAAGCCCUACAAAUGUGAACAAUGUGGGAAAGCCUUUAAAAAUUGUUCAGGCUUUACUCGACACAAAACAAUUCAUACAGUAGAAAAACCUUACAAAUGUGAAGUUUGUGGAAAGGCCUUCUGCAUCCCAUUAUUACUUUCGAAACACAAGAUAAUUCAUACAGGAGAGAAUCCCUAUAAGUGUGAUGUGUGUGGCAAGGCCUUCCAACAUCCUUCAAGACUUUCCAGACAUAAGAAAAUUCAUUCAGGAGACAAACCAUACAAGUGUGAAGUAUGUGGGAAGGCCUUCCACUUUCCAUCGUUACUUUUGGUACACAAGAGAAUUCAUACUGGAGAAAAACCCUACAAGUGUGAAGUAUGUGGCAAGGCCUUCCAUUAUCCAUCAAUACUCUCUAAACACAAGCGAAUUCAUACAGGAGAGAAACCCUACAAGUGUGAAGUAUGUGGCAAGGCCUUCCACAUUUCUUCAUUUCUUUCCAAACACAAAAUAAUUCAUAGAGGAGAAAAACCAUACAAGUGUGAUAUAUGUGGCAAGGCCUUCCAUUAUCCAUCAAGACUUUCCAACCAUAAGAAAAUUCAUUCAGGAGAGAAACCAUACAAGUGUGAGGUAUGUGGAAAGGCCUUCCGUAUUUUAUCACUACUUUCUAAGCACAAGAUAAUACAUACAGAAGAAAAUCCCUACAAGUGUGAAGUAUGUGGCAAGGCUUUCGAUUAUCCAUCAAGACUUUCUACCCAUGCAAAAAUGCAUACAGGAGAGAAACCAUACAAGUGUGAAGUCUGUGGAAAGGCCUUCCGCUCUCUGUCAUCGCUUUCUAAACACAGGAGAAUUCAUACAGGAGAUAAUUACUAUAACAGGGAAGUAUGUGGUAAGGCUUUUAUUUAUCCUUUAAGACUUUCUAAACAUAAGAAAAUUUGUACAGGAGAGAAGCCCUACAAGUGUGAAGUAUGUGGCAAGGCCUUCAAUGAUUCAUUAGUACUUUCUAAACAUAGGGCGAUUCAUACAGGAGAAAAACUUUACAAGUGUGAUGUAUGUGGCAAGGCCUUCUAUUAUCCAUCAAGACUUUCCAAUCAUAGGAAGAUUCAUUCAGGAGAGAAACCAUACCAGUGUGAAGAAUGUGGCAAGGCGUUUUGUUUUCCAUCAUCACUAUCUAAACACAAGAGAAUUCACACAGGAGAGAAACCAUACAAGUGUAAAGAAUGUGGCAAGGCCUUCCGCUCUCUGUCAUCACUUUCUAAACAUAGGAGAAUUCAUACAGGAGAGAAACCCUACAAGUGUGAAGUAUGUGGCAAAGCCUUCCACUACCCAUCGUUACUUUCUAAACACAAAAUAACUCAUACAGAAGAAAAACCCUACAAGUGUGAAGUUUGUGGCCAGGGGUUCCAUGUUCCAUCAAAACUUUCUCAUCACAAGAUAAUUCAUACAGGAGAAAGCCCCUACAAGUGUGAAGUAUGUGGCAAGGCCUUCUGCAUUCCAUUAUUACUUUCUAAACACAAGAUAAGUCAUACAGGAGAGAAUCACUAUAACAGUCAACUAUGUAACAAGGCCUUCAUUUAUCCUUCACGACUUUCUAAACAUAAAAAGAUUCAUACAAGAGUAAAACCAUACAAGUGUGAAGUAUGUGGAAAGGCCUUCCGCUUUCCAUCAUUACUAUUAAUACACAAGGGAAUUCAUACUGGAGAAAAACCCUACAAGUGUGAAGAAUGUGGGAAGGCCUUCUAUUAUCCAUCAUUACUUUCUAAACACAAGAGAGUUCAUACAGGAGAAAAACCAUACCAGUGUGAAAUAUGUGGCAAGGGCUUCCAUGUUUCAUCAUCACUAUCUAAACACAGGAUAAUUCAUACUGGAGAGAAGCCAUUCAAGUGUGAAGUAUGUGAGAAGGCCUUCCGCUUUUCGUCAUCACUAUCUAAACACAAGAGAAUUCAUACAGGAAAGAAACCCUACAAAUGUGAAGAAUGUGGCAAGGCCUUCCAUUUUCCAUCGUUACUUUCUAAACACAAGAUAAGUCAUACUCGAGAAAAACCCUACAAUUGUGACCUAUGUGGCAAGGCCUUCCAUUAUUCAUCAUUACUCUCCAAACACAAGAUGAUUCAUACAGGAGAAAAACCUCACAAGUGUGAUAUUUGUGGCAAGGCCUUCCAUUAUCCUUCAAAACUUUCCAACCAUAAGAAAAUUCAUACAGGAGAGAAACCAUACAAGUGUGAAGUAUGUGGAAAUGUCUUCUGUUUUGCCUCGUCACUUUCUAAACACAAGAGAAUUCACACAGGAGAGAAUCCAUACAAGUGUGAUGUGUGUGGCAAAGCCUUCUAUUACCCAUCAUUACUUUGUCAUCACAAGAUAAUUCAUACAGGAGAAAAACCCUACAAGUGUGAAGUUUGUGGCAAGGCCUUCCAUUAUCCAUCAUUACUUUCUAAACAUAAGAUAAUUCAUACAGGAAAGAAACCCUACAAGUGUGAAGUAUGUGGCAAAGCCUUCCAUUAUCCAUCACGACUUUCCAAACAUAAAAAAAUUCAUGGGGCUGGAGAGAUGGCUCAAGAGUUAAGGGAACUGGCUACUCUUUCAGAGGUCCUGAGUUCAAUUCCCAGCAACCACAUGGUGGCUCACAACCAUGUAUGAUGGAAUCUGUUUCCUCUUAUGCUAUAUAGGUUUUCAUGCCAGUAGAGCACUCAUAUAAAUAAAAUAAAAAAUCAUACAAACCAUAUUAGUGUGAAGCAUUGGAAGCAAUUACUUCCAAUGUCCAGCAUUAUUUUCUAACCUCAAGAGAAGUCAUUCAGAGAAACCCUGCAAGUAUGAAGUAUAUAUCCUGGCCUUCUGUUGUCAAUAAUUACUCUCUGAACACAGAAUUCACACAGCAGAAAAACUUUACAAUUGUUAAGGGCAAGUCAACUCCUUUAGAAUUUGCCAGAUUCUACUCAUUUCAAACCAUACAUAUAUGAGGAAUGUGGAAAAGCAAUCUCUACAAAUAUAUACCAAUGUUUACACAAAUUAACUCACAAUGUGGUGACAUUUACAAAUGCAAAGAACACAUCCAAAUGCUCAACAAAAACAUUAGGGGUCAUCAAGAAAUCCAUUCUGCCUAGAAACCAUACAAAUCUAAAGAAUGUGGCAGAUACUUUAGAAGUUCCAUAGCAUGGUCCCAACUCAGGAUAAUUCCUACUGGAGAGAAACAUUACAAUUGGAUAAUGUGGCCAAAACUAUUACCAGUCUUCUGGUCUUAAGCAACAGUCAAGAAUUUCUCUGUGAGAGAAACCACACAAGUCUGAAGAACAUUCCAAGGUCUUUUUUACUUACUAAGAACUUGUGAAAAACCUCAUAAUUCCACCUAAUAAUUCCACAUGUGAAAAAUGUUGCAAACCCUUGAGUAAACUUUCUUAUAUUUCUCAACACAAGAUAGUUCAAACUGGAGUGAAAUAAUACAAUGUUAAUAUGUUAGCACAUCUACAAACCCUAAAAGUUAUCAGCUUCCUGCUGAAUAGAAACCAUACAAGAUUGACAAAUGUGUUUAAUGGACAACAGAAGAUCUGGUGAUUGUGCUUGGAAGCAUAAGCUGGAAAUGCUGCAGUAUAAAAAAAUACCCUGAUAACAACUAUUCAUCGAUCUCCUGCUUCCUGACUGUGGAUGGAACAUGACUACCUGCUUUAAGCUCCUGUUGUCUUUACUUUCUUACAUGUGUGGUAGUUGGAGUAAGAGUUGACCUAAGGGCUCAGAGAUUUGAAUGCUUAGUCAUCAGGCAGGAAUACUUCUUUAAAAGGAUUAAGCAGUGUGGCACCAUUGGAGUAAGUGUGUCACUGGGGGUUGUAUUUAAGUGUUCAAAAGCUCAAAGCCAGUGUUUCCCUUUUCUUACUGACUAUGGAUCAAAAUGUAAAAUUCUCAGCUACUUCAUCAUAUCUGUCUCCACCAUGUUCCCUAGCAUGCUCCCUACAAUAAUGAUAAUGUUCAAAACUUCUGAAACUGUAAACAAGCCCAAUAAAUGCUUUCUUUCUAAUAGUUAA